UCAGCUCAUGAGCAAUUUCAGCUCGACCCCCGAUCCCAUCAGAAUUUGCUUGCGGUGAAAGCGGGUGCGAUUACGCGAUUAAUUACUAAUAUCCACGGAUCGAAGGGACAGCGCCGACCACUGCGCACAUUCGGCACCAUCUGGGGAAAGUGCACCACUAUCCAAUCAACGCCCGAAACCCCAGUUUAUGUAAGAUAUUUCGCUUUCCGUGCACAGCAUCGCCAGGCAUGUUCAACCGGUUCGCUUGUUAAGGGCCUUAUUGCUGACCAAGGAACAACUGCACGGCCAGAAGCGAUCGAGACGAGAGCGCUGGUACCGCUGGUGCAAAGGGAAAUGUUGCCCUUCUUGGAUGAGACGGACGAGCUGUUCAACUACUGGAUCUUGAGGGCUUUGCUGCUGGUCGUGCUUUAUCUGGCCUGGCGUUCCACCUACGUCAGAGAGGAUCGUCCCAGCUCGCAGGAUGCGGUACUGGCGAUCGAGAACAAUUUACGCCGUUUGAAUACGCUCCCCUUGCGUCGCUUGAAUACGCAGCAUAACGUGACAACAAUUAUUCUUCGUAGCUCAUCUCAGCAAUCCAACAUCUCCAACGUCACGGAAACGGAGGGUCUCGAUCUCGAGAACGACAGCAUAGCCUCCUCGAUCGACAACAUUACACAGUCCAUUCUGACCGAGGCCUCCGAAUCGGCCACUGGUCUCGAUCUCAGUGAUACCGAGGGUUACCCAAGUGUUGUGCGACCGGCCGUUGUUGUUGAUACAUUUCACGACGCGGGACCGGAAGAAAUCAUUCGCCAGAUGGACGCAACCGACCAGGACGGUGGAAGUCGUCCAUCCACCAUCACUGACAACACGGCAGGAACGCCUUCUUCCAGUGAACUGCGACAACGGAGGCGACCCCCUACGGCUGGAAACGAACCGAAUGCGGCUGCCCUGCCGGAACGUGCUGGCACCGCAAGCGCUCUGGAGACUGUGACCGCCGAUAGCGCGACGGGCAGUGACGUGAAGCCGAUUCGCAUCAAGCUGAAGUAUCUGAAUGAUGAUUCCAAGCUCGUAGAAGGCAACCUGAACGAGGGUAUUGGGGAAUUUAAGCGACGCAACUUUACGCUCGAACUCGCGGCCCAAAAAUUGGUGCGGCUCGUGUUCAACGGGCAUGUGCUACAGCCGGACACCAAAACGCUGGCCGCUUGCGGUUUGUUUGAUAAUUGUGUGGUUCACUGUUUGAUACAUAACCAGAAAUCCUCGUUAAAUGGUGGCGAUCGGGCGCAGGACGGCGGAACGGUAAGCGGAGACAAUCGCUUCCAAAUCGCAGCUGGUGAUAGUGCAAACGAUGGUGGCAAUAGCGAAAAUGGCAAUGAGAAUGCGGAUAAUCGCGAAGCGAAUGGGCAUCCCAACGAAAGCACACGAUCGCGAACACGCUACGGAACAUACUUUAUCCACAUCGGUACACUGGCGGUAACCGUUCUCAUACUGUAUGGCUGGUAUUGCCGCUUUCAUUAUGGCCAUCUGUUCAACAUGAGCUCUACCAUCGGGCUUAUCGCAACCACCACCACCUUUCUCAUUAUGAUGCCAACAAUCAUUCUCGCUGAUAGCAAUACACCAAACUAAAUUGGAUGACCCUAGAUGAGAUGAUGGAAUAUCUGAUCACAGCAUAGAUCACGCCCUCCUUGAAACGCUUGAUGGCAACCCUUGGAAACCAACGUUUUUGGGUCAACCGCUGCUGACCCUUUACUUUAUUAUGUUUCAUUCACAGCUGGACCGCCCUUGUUUUGUACAUAUUGUGAUACAAUAAACAGAAUGGUAAAUUAAUGAAAAUGUUAA